GGGAUCUGCCGCCCACAUGGCCCCCGUCUGCUGCCUCGCCGGAACCCUGAUGCUCGUGUACGCGGGCCUGCUGGCCGCCGCCGCGAGCCUCGGCUCCCCGGAGCCCGGCGCGCCUUCGGGGAGCCGCGACCGCGAGGAGCCCCCGCCCGGGAACGAGCUGCCCGCGGGACCCGCUGCCAUCCCGUCGGAACCCGUGGCAGAGCGAGCGCAUGGCAUCGACCCCCGAGAUGCCUGGAUGCUCUUCGUCCGGCAGAGUGACAAGGGUGUCAACGGCAAGAGGGGGGGCAGAGGCAAGGCCAGGAAGCUCAAGCUCGGCCUGCCAGGCCCCCCCGGGCCCCCCGGCCCGCAGGGUCCCCCAGGCCCUAUCCUGCCACCUGAGGUACUGCUGAAGGAGUUCCAGCUGCUGCUGAAAGGCGCCGUGCGCACGCGCGAGUGCGCAGAGCCCGAGCCCUGCCCGCGCGGCCCAGCGGAGGACGAGGAGGACGCGGGGGGCGCGGGCGUGCUGGCGCUGCUGGCUGCGCCCCUGGCCCCCGGCCCGCAGGCGCCGCGCGUCGAGGCCGCCUUCCACUGCCGCCUGCGCCGGGACGCGUCGGUGGAGCGGCGCGCGCUGCACGAGCUCGGCGUCUACUACGUGCCCGACGCCGAGGGCGCCUUCCGCCGCGGCGCCGGCCUGAACCUGACCAGCGGCCAGUACACGGCGCCCGUCGCCGGCUUCUACGCGCUCGCCGCCACGCUGCACGUGGCCCUGGCGGAGCAGCCGAGGCGGGGGCCGCUGCGCCCCCGGGACCGCCUGCGCCUGCUCAUCUGCAUCCAGUCCCGGUGCCAGCACCACGCCUCCCUGGAGGCUGUCAUGGGGCUGGAGAGCAGCAGCGAGCUGUUUACCAUCUCGGUAAACGGGGUCCUGUACCUGCAGAUGGGCCAGUACACCUCCGUCUUCCUGGACAACGCCAGCGGCUCCCCCAUCACUGUGCGCAGCGGCUCCCACUUCAGCGCUGUCCUCCUCGGCGUGUGACCGGCCACCCCAGGCCCUCUCGCCGGGCGAGCGUGGCAGAGGCGCUGAAGAGCUCACACUGGCCACCACAGUUCAGCCCAUAGAGGACCACCGGUGGGGGACGUGCGAACCCUCCCAGGGCUGGGCGUGACUUUAGGGUGCCAUCUCUUAAAGGGGGAAGCCCUCUUGGGCUGUUAGCUGGGGAGCCAACCUGGCGUGCCCAGGAGCACUCGCUUUGUCCCUACCUGGCUGCAGACCUGGGCCCCUCCCGGCCCCAUCGGGCAGCUCACCCAUCUUCCCGUGUGUUCUCAGGGGCCCCCUGUGGGGGUGCCAGCACUCAGGGGAAAGACCGCCCAGCCUGCCCAGGGUCCCCCUGUGGAGGGGGGCAGGCUGCUCUGGGCUGAGGGACUUCCCAGGGAAAGCCAGGUGUAUGGCCCGCCCAGCUUGGUGGCAGCCUUCUCACUGCCCCCAGUCCCUACCUGUGGCUCCUGGUCCCCACCUGCCCCUCUCCCCGGCCACGCCUGUAGCCUGCCACGGACCUCAGGGCACCGUGUGACCUGAGUGACCUUGGCACCCAAGCCUCUCCUUGCAGCCAUGGCCAUAGAAGCCUCGCUUGCAAGCUCCCCCCGCCUUCCCACCAGGAGCUGCGCUGCCACCUCCGCGAAUUGUCCCCUCAACAAGGUCCCUCUGCCCGCGCCCCUGCUGCUCUGGCUGACAGCCGGGAUCCACCCAUCCGAUGAGAGAGUGGAACGCCCUUGCAGAUGAGGGACAGCCGGGCCCUGCCCACCCAUCGGGACAGACGCACGCUCUCGCUGCCCAGCCGUGGCCUGGCCGGGUCCCUCCAGCACGGGGGCUGGAAGCAUCUCCCCCACUUGGGUGGGGACGUGGCUCCAAGCGCGGAUGGGUGGAGAUGGUGCUGAGAAAAAGCUCAUCUCGGGAAGGCCGGGUCCCGGGUCCUCUGCUGCUGUAGCAGUGAUGGGGUGGGGGUGGGGGGGGUCUCUCUCUGUGAAGAAAAGGGUCUCUGGGAGUUUCUGCAGUUUCUUCCAAGAUGGAGGCCCCGACCCCACCUGCUGAGGAAGUCCUCCCAACCCCUGUCCCUCCACACGGAACAGGCCACGGGAUGUCCUGGGACCCAGCUGGCCCGGCAAGGGUGCCUGCAGGCCUGAGAAGGGGCAGUGGCUGCAGUCACCUCUCACCUUAGCCCAGCUGGCCGCGGGGUGAGCAGGUGACGAGGGCCAGGCCUGCUGAUCGCAGGAGCCCUAAGCUCCCAUCUCCACCAUGAGAAUCCAGCCUCUCCCCCCAGCCGGGGAGCGGGCGCAGCACACACAGACCACUCUGUGCCCUCUGGCAGGCCGGGCACAGUUCUCAGUAGGACUCGUACCCACCCUACCAGGAAAUGUCAGCUGGUGGGUGUCCUGCCUCCCCAGCUCUGUGAUAAAGGGGGUGUGGCCACGCCCUUUUCUGGAUUUCACUUUGGGUCCCGUGGGCAGACACUUUAGAGCAACGACCUUUGACCCUCGAAAAAGCCAGAUCUCUUCCUUUUCUCAGUGUGAGUGUGUUACACAGCAAGUUAUUCAGGUAUUUAUCGUGUAAUAGUGCCAAGUGGGGUCUAUUUAUAUAUAAAUAGACAAAACUGA